AUGGAGAAAGAGCAGUACAGAGGCUGUAGUGUUGGCGUGAAGUUGAGUGAACUGGCGUUCAGUAUUCCCAAUGCAAGAGAUGUGCGAAAACAAAGUCAUAUCCAAUGCAUAAACAAAAUGCUUUACGACUCAAACGCCGGCAAAACCCGAAAGCCCGCCGUUUACGGCGUUUUGGACACCAGACUCGGCACGAGUCAGAAGGACCUGAAGUGCGAGACGUGUGGCCACGGAUUGGCCGAAUGUGUGGGACAUUUCGGUUACAUAGACUUAGCGCUACCGGUGUUUCACGUCGGGUACUUCCGCUUCAUUGUCUAUACCCUGCAGUCCAUCUGCAAGAGGUGUUCGCGAGUCCUUCUGCCCAACGAAUUGCGGAAUCGAUUCAUUUGGAAGUUUCGUAAACCAGACCUUAGUUUUCUGGAGAAGAAGGCCAUCCAUAAAGAGAUUGUCGACAAAUGCAAAAAAGUCAAGUCCUGUCCGUUUUGCGCGACAUUCAACGGACCCGUUAAGAAGGUAUCGCUUUAUAAGAUAAUACACGCCAUGACACCAACCACUUCAUCCAAAUCGGUCGCCGCCGAAGACCUGUUGAUCGACAACUUUUCGGAAAUUGCUUUCAAUAACGAGGAGAUCAUUGAAUUCAUUAAGAAAACCAAAUCAGAACUUUUGGAUCCGAUCCGUGUUUUGGAUCUGUUUAAACAAAUCCCUGACAAAGAUCUUCCAUUCCUAGUCAUACGUAGUCACAGACCCGAAGACCUGAUCCUAACCCGUGUUGCAGUGCCGCCCUCUUGUAUCAGGCCGUCGGUGAUCAACGAGUUGGAGACGGGAACCAAUGAGGACGACCUGACCAUCAAAUUGAGUGAAGUUAUAUUUGUAAACGAUAUCAUCGCUAAACGCAAGUCCAGCGGCGCUCACAUGGGAAUGAUUGUCGAGGACUGGGAUUUCCUUCAAUUACAGUUAGCUCUCUAUAUAAACAGCGAAAUCUCUGGCAUUCCCUUCAAUAUGAGGCCAAAGAAGCCGAGCCGUGGGUUAGUGCAGCGCUUGAAGGGAAAACACGGCCGCUUUCGCGGCAAUCUUAGCGGCAAACGAGUCGACUUUUCCUCCCGAAGUGUCAUUAGUCCCGACCCUAACCUCCAGAUCGAUGAGGUGGGAGUUCCCGAACAUAUCGCCAAAAUACUGACAUAUCCCGAACGCGUCACUCCCGCCAACAUUGAUCUCAUGAGACAAUUGGUUCUCAACGGCACUGAUUCACAUCCCGGCGCUAACUUCGUUGAGGACAAGGCGUCCGGUCUUAAGACAUUUCUGAAAUACGGCAAUCGAAAGGCAGUGGCGGCUAAACUGAAGAACGGAGAUGUCGUCGAAAGGCAUUUAAGCGAUGGAGAUAUCGUUUUGUUCAACAGACAGCCAUCUCUUCAUAAGCUGAGUAUAAUGUGCCACAAAGCCAAAGUGCAUAAACACCGGACCCUUCAGUUCAAUGAAUGCGUUUGUACGCCAUAUAACGCCGACUUCGACGGCGACGAAAUGAAUCUGCAUUUACUGCAAACGGAAGAGGCGAAGGCCGAGGCGGCCAUUCUUAUGGGCACUAAAAACAAUAUUCUGACGCCAAGAAACGGAGAGCCACUGAUCGCCGCCAUUCAGGACUUCAUAACCGGUGCUUAUCUUUUGACGCAAAAAGACGUGUUUUUCGAUCGCGCGAAAGCCAUGCAAAUAAUCUCAUCGAUUAUGGCUGGCGUUGACUCCAAGACAAUGAUAGAACUGCCGACGCCUUGUAUUUUGGUUCCCUGUGCUCUCUGGAGUGGGAAACAAAUAUUUAGCUUAAUUUUAAAGCCCAAUAAGUCGAGUGAAGUGAAUGUGAAUCUCAGGACUAAAGGCAAGAAUUAUUGCGGAGUUGGCGAAGACUUGUGUGUUAACGACUCGUUUGUUGUCAUCCGAAACAGUCAACUGCUAUGCGGUUGUGUAGAAAAGGGUACUUUGGGUUCCGGUUCUAAGAAUAAUAUUUUUUAUUGUGUUUUACGUGAAUAUAAUGGCGAUUACGCGGGACUAGUGAUGUGGCGAUUGGCCAGAGUUGCCACUCAAAGAGGGUUUUCGUUAGGCAUCGAUGACGUGACGCCAACCAAAGGUCUUAAGGGAGCGAAGGCUACUCUGUUUGAAAAGGGCUACAAAAAAGUGGACGACUAUAUCGCGAAACUACGCGACGGAAAGUUAGAGUCAAUGGCCGGACGAAGUCUUGAAGAGACACUGGAAUCGCUUAUUAAUCAGGAAUUAUCUGAAAUCCGAGACCACGCGGGAAAGGCGUGCGUCAAAGAAUUGGGAAAUAAAAACGCUCCGCUUUUAAUGGCAAUGUGUGGCUCCAAAGGAUCGCUUAUUAAUGUGUCACAAAUGGUCGCCUGUGUUGGCCAACAGACCAUUAGAGGAGAGCGCGUUCCCGAUGGCUUCGGUGACCGAACUUUACCUCAUUUUGAUCACAAGGAAAAGUCUCCGCUCGCGAAGGGAUUCGUUGAGAACAGCUUCUAUUCAGGACUGACGGCAACUGAGUUUUUCUUCCACACAAUGGCCGGAAGGGAGGGUCUGUUGGACACAGCGGUCAAAACUGCCGAAACCGGUUAUAUGCAGAGGAGAUUAGUUAAGGCACUCGAAGAUCUGGUCUCUCAUUACGACGGAUCCGUACGAAACUCUUGCGGAGAUGUGAUUCAGUUUAUUUAUGGCGACGACUGUCUCGACCCGUCAAAUAUGGAAGAAAGCCAUCGACUCAUCAAUUUAGACCGUCUUCUUCUACACACCUGUGCUAUCAAUAUCUGUAAAGGAGAGCCGCCUCUCAGUUGCCAUGAAAUUAGAGAAUUGUCUGCAAAACAGAUGAACGGAAUGAAUGCUAAUGUUUCCGACGAUUUCAAAAAGGAAUUGAAAGCAUUUUUAGAGGAUUUUAUCGAGAAAUUACAAAAAUCUCAAAAACGUUUUGAGAAAUAUUGUGACAAUAAAUCUGUGAAAGAAGUCCAUAGACUAACCGAAACACAACUCGAGAGGUUUCUGUUCGCCAGCGCUGACAAGUAUUUGAGAGCCCGCAUAGAGCCGGGAACAGCUGUCGGUGCCAUCUGUGCGCAAAGCAUUGGAGAACCGGCCACUCAAAUGACACUCAAGACAUUUCAUUUCGCGGGCGUCGCCUCAAUGAACAUCACUCAAGGAGUUCCCAGAAUUAAAGAAUUAAUUAAUGCCAACAAAACGAUAUCGACUCCAGUUAUUUGCGCUAUUCUUCGCGACAAUAGAGACGCCGAAAAGGCCAGAGCCGUCAAAAUGCGGAUCGAAAAGACAACUUUGGGUGAAGUGUGCGAAUACUUAGAAGAAGUGGUGACCAGAGAUGACUGCUUUGUUCUCAUUAAACUAACCAUGGACAGAAUCAAAUUGCUAAAUUUAGAAGUGGACGCCUAUUCCAUACAAGAAUCCAUUACAAAACAGUUGAGAAUCUCUGCGAAUAAGAUAUCUGUUGUGGACGACGAGGAGUCUAUGAUCAAAGUUUCGGCCGUCAAUAUCGAUACGUGGACUCUGAGGGAGUCGUUGUGUAAAGUAAUGAUCAAAGGCAUCGAUAAAGUGAGACGAGCGGCCAUUCGCGACAAUAACGGCGAAUACUAUCUUAUGAUCGAAGGCGAGGGACUGCGGGAUGUGAUGGCCACGUAUGGCGUCGAUCCCAAGAAGACGUAUUCUAAUAACGUGAUGGAAGUGUCGCACACUCUGGGCAUCGAAGCCGCGAGAACUAUGAUUAUCAAAGAGAUUAAGGCAACGAUGGAAAACCACGGCAUCAGUAUUGAUGAGAGACACCUCAAACUAUUGGCCGACACAAUGACUUAUAAGGGAGAGGUAUUGGGAAUCACUCGCUUCGGUCUCGCGAAGAUGAAGGAGUCGUCUCUAAUGUUGGCCUCGUUUGAGAGAACGGCCGACCAUUUAUUCGAUGCGGCCUAUUAUGGACAGGUGGACCAUAUAUUGGGUGUCUCGGAGUCCAUCAUAUCGGGAAUGCCUAUGCGUUUGGGC